CAUGGUCAGAGUGAAGGAGAAAGGAUGAACAUCAAAGACUUCCAGGUUUAUAUCAGAGACUCCCUGCAGCACGUUGACCUGAUGAAGUCCCGCCACCCAGACCUGCCCAUCUUCAUUGUGGGUCACUCCAUGGGUGGUGCUAUCUCUAUCCUGACCGCCUGUGAGAGGCCCAGUGACUUUGCCGGAGUGGCUCUUAUAGCUCCAAUGGUCCAGAUGAACCCAGACUCGGCCACACCGUUCAAGGUUUUCCUGGCGAAGGUCCUGAACCACAUGCUGCCCAGACUCACUCUGGGCUCCAUCGAUUCCAAAUGGGUCUCACGGGACAAGAAGCAGGUGGAGGCAUAUGACGCUGAUGAGCUGAACUUCCAUGGCGGCAUGCGGGUGUCGUUCGGCAUGCAGCUGAUGGGGGCGGCAGCGCGCAUCGAGAAGGAGAUCCCGUCCAUCAGCUGGCCCUUCCUGCUCCUGCACGGUGACGCUGACAAGCUCUGCGACAUCAGAGGCUCCAAGAUGAUGUAUGAGAACGCGCCAAGCUCAGACAAGAAAAUCAAGAUCUACGAUGGAGGCUACCACGCCCUUCACCACGACCUCCCAGAGGUGGCCGAGUCCGUGCUGAAGGAGGUGACUGGCUGGAUCACAGAGCACCUCUCCGCCACGACGUCGCCAAAACCGCAAGACUCCUAGAAUCCUGACAGCUGGGUCAGCACUCCGAGGCAACUGCCAACCGCAUCUCACGAGGCCUGCUCACUUUCCAGCAGUCUGUCAGGCAUAACAAUACUACUACACUCUCUGGUCUGGAAAUACGUUUAGUUAUAUAGAUAUUAUUUUUUCAGUCUAAAAACUUUACUGAUUUUAUCCUCUGGGCAAAUUCCACUGAUUUAAAUUGGAUGAUGGGGUCAGAAACCACUUUUUAUUGUAGAUACUCAGCAGUGGUCAGUCUCCCUGCCACACAUAUGAUCCGUGAUGUGAAUCAUGUAUUUCAGGCAGUGGGCUUUUUUGGUUACGGUUUCAUUAUCUCCUCACCGAGGAGCAGCUCAAGUGUAAGCUACAGUAUGCUGGGGUUCCAAGUGCAAUAAUAAUGAAGAUUCCUCCUCAUAGCCAGGUCCUCACACUGCUUCACUGUUCUCACAGUGUCUGUAGAUGCUUCUUCUCUGCCUCCUCCUCGAUUGCACUGUUUUACAAAUGACAUGAAAUUUGACACUCGUAGAGACACUGGGAAACUUAUACUAUGAGCACACAUGACACACUCAGAUCCUCUCUUCUCCUGACUUCCUCCGCAUGUCCCUCUUCUCUGGCCCAAAGAAAACACGAGGCAUUACACAUGACGAUUGGUGUGAUCUAUCGAACUCCUGAGGCCUUAAGUCUAGUUUAAAAUUUCGUCCUGUUAGUUCGACUGCUUUGGCAGAUUGUUUUACAAAUUAACUGUGCAAUGGAUCCUGGCAAGUCUUAUAUAAUUUUUACCUCCUAAACAGUGAUAUUUAUUUAUUACGUCCCCACCACCUCCAUUUAUUGACUGAGUUAUUAGUGGACUCAGUGACUUUCCAUAUCAAAUACUACUGUCAGUGAGCCGAGUUAUGGGUGUAGGGACAUGAAGAGGAUACAGAUUAACCAUGUGAUGCUGCUCUGUCUCUCUCUCUGCAGGUGGGAAUUAGAGGGCAAAGGUCAAAAGGUCCCUUCCUUAUGUGACCUUCACUGUUUGUGUUUAGGUCCGUUAAAACUGCAGACUAGGCCCCAGCUGGAGAAUGAAAGGAGCACAUCGCUGUUACUGUGGACAAAAGAGUAGAUUUCCUCUGUCCACACAGCAUCUGCCAUUUGCUGGACACUUUUAUCCAAACCACCUUUACGUAAUGCGGCUGUGUGCAUUUCUUGCAUGGGUGGCCACAGAGGGAAUCCAACCCCUCAGAACAAUGGUGGAGUCAAAAUUUGUUUGGAAAAACAGGAUGUUUUCUGUAAUAACUUCCAGACAAGGAGGGACAGGAAGUGAUAUUACUGCGGAAUAAACUUCUGACUUCAAAACUAUAUUGAAGAUUGCACCUUAGCAGCACAGAAAUAUAGUGUACAGUCCAUACAUGUGAGUUUUCAAAUUAAAAUUCAUCCAGUUUUUAAAAAAUAGCUACAAAUCAAAGAACCCAAAUAAUUAAAAAGAUUAACUUUAUCUUUUAGCUUGUAACAUGAAUUUAGUGGACUUGGUUUUUUAAUCCUCUAAAUCCCACCUGCAGCGCGAGUGUCUAAAGCAGUGGUCAAGCUAACAUUUUUCCCAAAAGUAUAAACCUGUCACUUCUCAAAGUGUUGCAGUACUUGAAGUCAGCCCUGGCUCCAUAUAGGUCAUUAAAGAAACCAUAGCAAUAAUGUCACAGUAGCCUGUAUUUUUGGUAGCUGAUAAUUAUAAGCUAGACAGACGCACACUGAACUCACCAUUUUAUAUUGUCAGGUAGGCUGUAAUUAGCAGGUAUUGCUACGUGCUAAGCUUUUCCCACGUAUUCAGUAAGCAUGAAAAAGUUUCAGCAGCAUGAGUGGAGAGUUUUAAAUUGUUCAUCCGCCCCCAAAAUCAAACAUGGGAAGGGAUCAAAAAUGAUGUGGCAAGUCAGACAUACAGUGUGUUAGUUGACAUCUAGUGUGCACUCUCUGGAAACGGAGUCGACUGUGUCACUCCGGCUUUUUAGGAGGGUUUUCUCUCUGUCAUUCAGAGUUCAAAGGGACUCAUGCAGAGAGUGUAGGGGAAGCACAGUAUGGUAUCCACGGUGACCGUUACUCACGUGUAACCACAGCAGCAGGCUGGCGGCAAGGUAGACAUUUUUUAUUCAGUUUUACAUGUGUUGUAACCACGGUGAUCACCACAUGACUGAUAGAAUGAGAUGAAUUUCUGGCUUCAUGCCCGCUCUGUCUCUUUUUCUCUCCAACUUUCUAUUUCCUCACUCUGUCUCUCCCUGCCUCACCCCGUGUCACCCUGUCUCACCACCUUUUUUUUUUUUUUUUUUUUUUAGUUGCUGUGGUGACCAGCGCUCUUUGUUCUGUCCGUCACAGAGCCCCUUGUUCCACUGCUAAUUCAAACAUCUUGUAAUGUCAGCCACCCACACUGUCCCUAGUGGUCAAUUAGCAGAACAGCAACAGGUUACAUGUGUUACUGUUUCAGCUGGCUUUUUUGUUCUGGCCAGAGAGCUGCCACUCAUUUAACAGGGGACGCAUUGCUUAACCUGCCUCUGACUCUGCUCGGCUUGAUGCUGUUUCAAACCCACUAAAUGGCUUCAGGGACACAAAAACCUGACAUUUCUUAGUCUACAUGUGAGAGUGUGACCUAAAAUUGCUCCUCACUCACAUGCCCUGCAGACAUUUCUUAUCUUUGAUCUGGUUUUCCGUUUUUAUCUUUAUUGUCUCUGAUGUUUGCAAACUGUUCUCUGAUCUUGGGACUGAAACCACUGAGUUUCAUUAGGAAAAGUAAGGCAAGGUGAGUUUAUAUCAUACACUUUCUACACAUAUCAAAGUGCUUUACAGACUGGCUGAAAUGCAUCAAAUAGGGAAUCAUAAGAUGCUAAAAUAACAGGAUUCAAAGAAAAGAGGGAGUUCAGCAUGCAGUUACAUCGCCCUAUCCUUUUUCUCAGGCAUCAGAAGGCAUUUUGCCAAACCGAAUGUCAGGUUUCAUCGCCAUGGGUGCCAACAUGGAUUGAGGUGUAAUGUAUUCAUCGGUCCCAGUGGGAGUCAGACCCUUAACCUCAUCCUCAUAUCAUGGGCACUUCAAACACAAUCUACUCCUGAUUGGGCUGCAGCAGGCACAUCACACACAAAGGCUGCACAGUCCCAGUUGUACUCAAUCUAUAAUAGCACCCCUGCUGCACAAUGGAUUCAGACUCGCAGGAUCCCGUGUAACAGUAAAUUUAAAAAGCUCUACCUGUCAGACUACACGAGUGCAUAUUACUGCUGUCUUUAGCUAUGGGGGCGGAGAGAGAUGGAGAUGGAGUGAGAGGAGAAGAGAGAGGAAAAAGAGAGAAGCUGUCAGUAACCAUGGCAGCAGUUUUUUUUUCUUUUUUUCCCCCCCCAGUGAAAUCACCCAGUGAAAAAUUUGUAUUUGUUAAAGAUGCAGGAUGUAAAGCAGACGUCGCUGCGCUUUCAGAGCUGGUUGUCCAUUUUGUUGCUCUGAGGAUUCCCUUUUGUGUGAGCGUGGAGAUAAGAGCGCAAACAAUUAGCGCCAUCAGCUCGCAGUGAAUAAUAAGAGCUGCACACACUUACUGAAUUCAAAUCAGGCUGCUCUGCUAUUUGUACUGAAAACACACUCUUUCCAUUUUUUGCAAAGAACGCUUUUUUGGGGGGAUGUCAAGGCCAAAAUCUGUAUUUUUUUUCAAGGGAGUUUGUGUGUUUUUGCCCCCAUCUACCCCUUGUCUGGAUUAAAAAGUAAUGGACAGACCCCUAUGAGUGAAAUUAACACCCUUUUCACUCAAUUUCACUCCUAAAAUAACAGGAUUACAUGCCUUAAAGGUGUGUAACCCCUGACACAAUCUUCACACCCCACCUCUCCAUGCCAAUAUCCUUUUCUACUGGCAUGUACACUUACACAGGCAUAAAUUGUAUGCAGGUUUGCCAUACUGAGAGAAAGCCAUGUACAGAUGCAUUGCUCUGUUAAUAUGUAAUAAUCCACUCGACUGUUAAUAUCUUUUUUUAUCUAGGACAGAAGUUCUGUGUUAAGUAAGGAGGAGAUAUAAACUAGGGCAUGAAACCGCUGAAUCAAAUCGGCCUGCAGCUUUCCUGACAAAGCGAAAUUCAGUUGGCCAGCUGGUUUGUGAAUGGAGCUGUUGUUGUUUUUUUGUUGUUUUUUUAAUCUCGACUUUAUGACUGUUUCUGAGAAAAAGCUGUUAUAUAUGAUGGAGGACUAAAGGGCACAGGCCAGUCUUUCUGUAAUUUUAUGAGAUUAAAGUGCACUGGAGUUUGCAUGAAUGGAGUCAGUGCUCAAGUAAACAGCAAGAAUUGAAGAGGUCUUCUCCAAAAUGCUGUAAAUGCAUGAAAAAAAGUUAGACCUUCAAGGGACAGUUCGUUUUUUUUAAGCAGGGUUGUAUGGGGUACUUAUCUAUAGAUAGUAUAUUACAUACAGUAGAUGUCAGCUGGCAUGUCCCCAGUUUGGAGAAGCAGGCUGAAGUCUGACAAAGAAGUUAAGCAAUGUACUGCUGUGGAUGGGGGUCAGCAACAAAAGGUCAACAAAAAAUCAAUAUCAGUUUAAAUGUAUGCUAUUUUGUAAAGGGGUGAGUAUUUUCACCCCUUUACCUUUGUAUCAGAGGGAAGCCGUUAACAGCUCCUCUCCCCAUCUAUGUUCUCAUCAAAGUCACCAGACUCCAUUGAGAAAAACAGUAAUUUUUGCUUGUUGAACACAGGAGCUGCUGGUCUACCGCUGACUUGAUCAGUUUGCUAGUUUGUGUUAUUGUGUGACUUUGGUAGAUCCAAACUAACCUCUGUAAACACCAAAAUCAGACAACAACACAAACAAAAUAACUGUUCAAGGCAGCAGUAGACCAGCAGCUCCUGUGUCCAGCAAUGCUAAAUCGCUGUUUUUCUCAAUGGAGUCUGGCUUUGAAAACAGAAAUAUAACGGGGUUCAUUUUCACAUUAAAAAUUAUUGUUAUUUUAGGUGGCUAAAAUACAUUUUGUUGCUGACCCCCCCACAGCAGUAGAUUGCUUAGCUUAGCUUCCAGUCUGCUUCUCCAAACUGGGGGCAUGCUGACUGACAUCUACUGUAUGUAACACACUGUUGAUGAAUAAGUACCCAUGCAACCCCACCUCAAAAAAUCUGAAUUAUCCCUUGAAGUUCAUUAUCAUGUAUGUGAAAUGGAGAUGAUCCAGGUUGUUAAAGUGUCACCAUAUCCUCCCCUGAGAACUUAGGUUACACACCCGACUAUAAAAAUGUGUCACUGAAAAUGCAGAUGCCAUUUCCUGGUGCAUUUUGGAUCAAACCCCUCGUUCAAAUCUUGCUGGUUUUAUCAGCAACGGUGACCAAUUUGAUUUAUGUCUAGUGGCCAGACUGCUUGAUUACUGAACAUAAUUGUAAUACACUGUAUAAUAGCAUAGCAUUGCUAACGACACUUGAUGGAAACACGAAAAUCAGGACCGCAGUUUGAUAUUUAUCUAGAGUAUUUAUAGGAAUUAAUUUUAUGUAUAGGCUACUUAUUAUAUAUUGAUUACACAUCAUGACAAGGCACUUUUUAUACCAUAAACCAGUCAUAUUAUGUAGUUUUUACUGUCGAUGCUCAGCUACAUGAAGCUCCAGAAGACUUUUUGAGAUGGAAACUGGUUCAAGGUUGUAUGUAUGUACAGUCAGCAAUCCCAAAAAUGUAUGACAAUGUUUCUGAUAUGUUUUGCAUAGAGAGUAUUUUACUACUACAUGUUGAAAUUGACGUUGUGUUGAAAAAAAAAAAAACACUAGUCUUUCUGCAGUUUGUCACAAAAUUAUAAAUGUUGAAACCAUCUGAUAUAAAAAUGUUUUUAUUUUGUAACAAAAUCGUAACAACAGGGUGUUAACGCUACAGGUCUGGGAAAAUCUUGUUUUACUUUCCCAAAAUUUGCUUUUCAGGAACUUUGACUUUAAUCUUGAGGUAUCUCCUCUUGAGAAAACUUAAAAUGAAACAGAUGUGAGUGUAGCUGUCUGCAUUCAUAAAAACAUCUGUUACAUCUCAGAUCAAAGACAAUUUGGUCAAAUAUGUUUGAGGACUAAAUUGCAGGUAUCAGGUUUUCUCCGAACAGCGGCAUGUUUCUGGGAAAAAUAAGCAUUCCACACAAUUUAAGAGAUUUUUAUCGGAAUAUGUAUCGUACGUCUAUUUUUGGAUUGUGGUCUAGUGUUGUUUGUGCCUUAUAACUAUGACGAUUGUGCAUCUGAGUGUGUGUCUGUGCAUGUGUGUGAGUCCGUGAGUGUGUGUUUUGAUAUAGAUGAACUGUACAGAGCUGCUGUGAAGCAGAUCAGUUUCUCUGUUACUCUGGUUUUCUGCUUGUCACAUCUGUUUCUGUUUCAGUAAUUGUGUCUGUCUGCUCGUCCUCCUCCUGUCUGUCUUUUUCUAUUUACGUCUGUCCAUCUGAAUAUGUGUCCAAUCAGUGGUCUGAGCAGAUUUGGGUCAAGAAUAGUUUCUGUAAGUGCGGGCUGAGAAACAGCUCGAAAUUACCUUCCAGCUCCUUUAAACACCUGUUUUGUUUUAGUCUGCCUAAAGACAGCCUCAUUAUAAAGAAACACAAUACGUAACAUUAAAGAUGAUGCUUCUGCUCUCCUUGGGUUGCUGUAAUGACUGUAACAUUUGGAAUUAACCAUUGCCUUCCAAUGGAAAGCAGGAAAUUGUCCUUCACAUGAUGAUAACACAAGAAUUUGAAAACAAGAACCAGAUGUGUUUUUUUCUGAGUUCAUCUGUCCUGUAUUGAUUGAUGAUUUCACACAAUAUUCAUGAACAAACAAACAUUGUGGCCAUAAAAUCUACAUCUUAAUUGUCUGAGACAUUUCUAAAUGUGUCGUCACUUGAGAAAUUGAGAAAUCAGCUGUAGCAGAAAACUCAGCUGUAAAGUAUGUCAAUCGAACCCUGACAUAUAAAGUAUGAAGUCGAUUGAGGUUGGUGUUUAUAGGCAGCACAUCAUGGAGCACACAACAUUACGUUGAAGCAUCACAUUCUUGAGUCUUCCUUGUAAAGUAAUGUUUGUUUUAACGGUUACUAAAUACUGGAUGACACUUUAUUUGAAAAGCCCGGUGCUUAUACUCAACUAUCAACUUUUGUUUUCCACACCGAUACAGACAGUAUACCCCCAAACUUAAAUUUAAGUCACAUUCAUAUAUUAAACAUUUUCACUGAUGCAUUGUGGUUACAUCAUAAUAUGUUGAGUAUUAGCAUUAGGCAAUUAAAUUCAAGUGUGACCAAAUAUUGUAUAUAUAAUGUAAUAAUCAAAGUACUUCUGAAUCACUGAACUACUUGUUACUAGAAUGUUCAUAAUGUCCAUACUCUCUUACAGAAUAAACUCUAUGACUGUUUAA